CACAACUCAGGUGAUCUAUUCACAAUACUAUUGUAUUGUAGAGGCUUUCCUGCCGAGAGACUCGCUCCGUUGGUUAACAGCGCCCCUUAUCAGUCCAGCCGAGGCAGUUCUUUCACCUGUUUGUAAUUCCCACUUUAGAUGUUUGCAUUGCUGUGCAGUAGGAUUAGCCUAAGCUGUAUUGUUAGGUACUAACGACCACCGUCUAAGUGCUUGGCAACAACCGACAAAGGUUUGUCCACGCUCAAAAUCGACAAUAGGAUUCCUAACAAGGACUGGCUUCUUUCUGUGGCUAUAAAGAAACGUAUUCAAUAUGGCAAGCGAUCAAAAGUCUUCAAUGACGGAUUCAAGUACUGCACAAGCCGCUAAAGGAAGAAGAAGAGGCAGUCUUUUCGAGGUCGGCUUUCCUGCCCGUGGUGACAGAGGUUCAAGUAUUGUUUCUAUCCCAAGCAUGAUUCCAAGCCAUAUCGGACCUUCCCAUCAGAAAGUCCGAUAUGAAAACACUUAUAAGAUGGAGCCUGACAAACGCUUUAACAUUCAUGAAGUGAAAGAAAUCCUUCAAGAAACCCUUGACGAAUCACUUCAAGACGUCAAAAAGUACGACUCCACAAGGUGCCGAGCUCUUGCAAACACACUUUCUCAUACUAUUACUGAAAGAGUUAAGCUGUUGGGUUUUAAGCGAUUCAAGUUCGUUGCUACAGUUACUAUUGGUGAAAUGAAAGACCAAGGAAUACGGAGUGCAAGCAGGUUUUUAUGGAACGAGAAACAUGACAACUGGGUUGAUGCUGUCUUUACAAAUCCCGAGAUUUUUGCAGUGGCCGUUGUUUACGCUGUCUACCAAGAAUAAUAACAAUCCAAUUUGCAAGUUAAGUUUUGAAAUUUUAUAUACCUUCAAUUGAAAACUGGUACAUAUUUUACAAAGUUUUAUGAGAAUUUUUUGUAUUAAAAUUUAACGUUGAGGAUGAGAACCUGAGGCGAARCUCAAAGUCAAUGAAAUKGUCURUAAUCUUAUAAAUUUUAAGUAUUUUUACCGACACAUUUACAAAAAAUAAACUCAGUAUUGACUAUUGAAAAAUCCGUUGUUAGGUGUGGAUUUAACAUUUUUCCAAYUAAUUCUCUUUUGAGAAAAAUUCAAAAAGUAGCCCUUGAACAUCCGUUCCCACCCCWCUCCMCGAAUUUUCCCCGAAAAGGKGUGGGGAGGGGUGGGAACGGAUGUACACAGGCUAUCAAAAAAGGACAAUCAACCAGAACAAAGAAACUAGUUUUUCUUCUCCAGACUAUCAUUAUACAUAUUCAGUCAGCUACUCCCCCCUGUCACGAAGUAUCAUUUUGGUGGUGGUACUACCCCCCAACAUUCACAGUACGAUGAAUAUAACGAGCCCCUCAUCACGUCAUUACGGUCUCCGGUUUUUAAUACGACCACUGCGUACAAACACUAAAUGUGAGUAACACUUUCCACUUUUUACUACAAAUAAUGUUAAUUAAACUGUAUUUAGUGAUAUUUAUGUUGUACAGUUUUAGUGUUUGUACUCUAUCAGGGGAUAGAGUGGUUUUCAUAAACCCGUGAAACAAAAACUAUUAGUUAAAGUGUAAUAGUCAGAUGACAACAAAAGAAAACAAUGGUAUUAGGGUGUMCUAAAGUGUAUUAAACUAAAGUGUAUUUCACGGGUUUAUGAAAACCACUCUAGCAGGCAGUGGAACAGAUACUUGGGUUGAACUACAAGAAAUAACACAUAACUCUUUGUUUUAUAUUUAAUGCUGUCAAAGUUAAUUACUUUUUUAUAUUAUUCUU